AUGGAGCAAACAUCGACCCAUUCUACUACAAAUAACGAAAGCCUCAGAAAGACUCAGACUAAUUCUAGAGUUAUUAAAGAUAGUAAUUCUGUAUUAAACAGGCUAAAAAAUGAACUCAAGCAAUUGAUGUUCUCACAACCACCCGGAGUUUCGGCAUUUCCUGACUCGGACAAUUUAUUUAGUUGGGUCGGAUCGAUAAUGGGACCAGAAGGAACUAUAUACGAAGGUUUAACUUACAAGAUCACCAUGAAGUUUCCAUCAGACUACCCCUUUUCGGCCCCGUCUGUUCAAUUUCAAACACGAUGUUAUCAUCCAAACAUAGAUGAAAUCGGUAAUAUCUGCUUAGAUAUCCUCAAGGAUAAGUGGUCGGCCAUUUAUAAUGUGACGAGUAUCCUAGUCUCUUUGCAAAGUCUUCUUGGAGAACCUAAUAUUGACAGUCCAUUAAAUAACGAAGCUGCAGAACUUUGGGCUAAGCCAGAUGUAUUCAAGAAACAAGUUAUUAAAUGGUUUAAAGAGUCAAAUAAAGUGUAG